ACACACACAACCACUGCAUAUUCCAAUCCCAAUCAUCACACAGAAGCACAUGUUGUAUAUCCCUGGUUGAUGUACAGAUAUGGAUACACAGAACACUAUCUUUUCCACCAGUACCACAGACAUGUGCAUGUACAUAGUCAUAGUGGUUGUGAUAUCUUGGCAUGAUGACUUGGCUGUGACCUGGUUAUAAGCUCCAUCCCUCUUCUUAUAGAUUCAAGUAACCUUCAAACUGUUUACAAUUUGUUUGCUCUGGUUUCCAUCUGUCUAAUGACAAGAGAUUAUUAAAGACCAAUUAUAUCCUAAAGAAUAAAUGUAACCAUAGGUAAAGUAAACGCAGCAAGCAGUGUGGCAGCAAGCGCGGCAGCGAGCGGAGCAGGCUAGCCGUUGCAGAGGGCAAUUUAGAUUUAUCUGCCAAAACACCACUAGAAAUCAAGGAUGACGGGCAGAGCUAGAGGAAGAGCUAGGGGAAGGGGUAGAGCCACUGCCAAGCCCCCAGCAGCAGAGGCACCUAGUAUGGAACGUAGGCCAGGAGAACCAGCACCCCCACCAAUGCAGCAGGCAGCACCCCCGCAGGAGGCAGCCGGUGGCAUGCCAGUACCAGGAAGAGGGCGGUCACGUGGUGGUACUACUCAACCAGGACCUGGAGCCAUACCAAAGCAGGAGGGCCCAAUGCACGAUAUGCCAAGUCAGAUGGCCAAGUUGGCUAUUGGAGCCAGCGGCGAGGGCGGAGUAGGUGGUGUGGUUCCAGAGAGGCGAGGGAGGAGGGGGGAUGAAGAAAUCGAGCCCCGAACCAGACCAGAGAACUUCAACAAGAAAGCUGCCAGUGGACAUUCGAUCCCGCUUUAUGCAAACGGCUUCAAGUUGAAAACUCGUCCGAAUUGGCAACUCCACCUUUACCGGGUUGACUUUGACCCACAGAUUAUGAACCCCAGGGCUAGGUUUGCUCUCCUGAAACAUCACCAAGAACUCUUGGGAAGAGAGUUUACACUUGAUAUGGACACCAUGUAUUCCAUCGUCAAGCUUGCAGAAAAAGUGACCAACUUGACAUCAGAACGGAAUGAUGGUAGCACAGCGAACAUCAAAGUGACUCACGUUUCCACCUUGAACCCCAUGGCUCCAAACACACUGCAUCUCUACAAUGUAAUCUUCAGAAGGGUGCUGAAGAUAAUCAAAAUGGAGCAAGUUGGACGGAAUUACUACGAUCCUAAAGCCGCCAUUGAUGUCAAGGCUCAUGGGCUCCAGCUGUGGCCAGGUUUUGUGACCUCCGUCCUUCAGUAUGAGUAUGAUGUAUUGCUGAUGUCAGACGUCAGCCACAAGGUUCUGCGUACUCAGACCGUUUUGGAUGUCAUGUACUCCAUCAUGGACAGAUCUAGGGGAAGGUUCAGGGAAGAGAUCAACAAGUCUUUGAUCGGAGAGAUUGUCCUAACCAAGUACAACAACAAGACUUACAGGAUUGAUGAUAUUGACUUCAAUACUAAUCCACAAGACACGUUUGAAACACGUUCAGGUCCUGUGACCUAUGUGGAUUACUUCAAGAAAAGCCACGACAGGGUCCUAACAGAUCUCAAGCAACCUAUGCUUAUCUCCAACCCAAAGAAGAGGGAGGCAAAGAAGGGCAUUGGACCAGCCUUGCUACCACCAGAGCUCUGUUUCCUUACUGGUCUAAGUGAUGAGAUCCGUUCCAACUUCUCCAUCAUGAAAGACUUGGCCAUUCACACGCGAAUCGGACCAAAAGAGAGAUGCCAGGAGCUCACUAAAUUCAUCCGAAAGAUUGAUAACGAUACCAACGCUAAGUCUUACCUCAAAGACUGGGGCAUGCAGUUUGACGAUCAGCCGGUCAAGUUCAGUGGGCGUGUCCUACCACCAGAGAAACUAUUGCAAAAGGAAAAACAGUUCUCCUACAGCCCUAACAAUGCUGAUUGGUCCAGAGACAGUAGGGGCAAUGCUCUCACUGACGCAAAGUUGCUCAGAAACUGGAAGAUAUUCUUCACACGCAAAGAUAGCAACAGAGGACAAGACUUUAUAAGGACAUUAGCCAGAGUGGGAAAUCCUAUGGGAAUGAGCAUCGCAGAGCCAUCUAUUGUGGAGCUCCGUGAUGACCGCACAGAAACAUACACACAGUCACUCAAGGAAGAAUACUCUCCUCAAACACAGAUUGUGGUGGUGAUUGUGCCAUCAAACAGAAAGGAUCGAUACGAUGCCAUCAAGAAGACUUGCGUGCUAACCCAUCCUGUUCCUAGUCAGGUGAUAGUCACCAGAACCAUCUCCAAGCAGCAGAUGCUGAUGUCUGUAGCCACCAAGAUUGCUUUGCAGAUGAACUGCAAGAUGGGUGGAGAUCUUUGGCGCGUUGAGAUCCCGCUGAGUAAUCUGAUGGUGAUUGGUAUUGACUCCUACCAUGACUCCCUGACCAAGGGCCGAUCAGUCAUGGGUUUCGUAGCAUCCAUGAAUCCAUCACUCACAAGCUUCUACUCAUGCUGUGCAUUCCAACACACCUCUGGUGAAUUCGGUACCAAUCUUGCCACCCUCACGAACAGUGCCCUGAAACGAUACUACGAGAUCAACAAGAAGUUCCCAGACCGUAUCAUCAUCUACCGUGACGGUGUCGGAGAUGGGCAAGUCAAUCUGGUAGUGGACUAUGAGAUCCCUCAAAUCAAGACUGUCCUUGACAAAGUCUAUCCUAAGGGAACUGUUCACAAGCUAAGUGUUAUCGUCGUUAAGAAGCGCAUCAAUAACCGCUUCUUCGCAGACUUGAAAGGAGGCCUGUCUAACCCACCCCCUGGAACUGUCGUUGAUGAUGUCGUCACAAAGCCUCAGCUAUAUGACUUCUUCAUCAUCAGUCAGAGUGUCCGCCAGGGCACAGUUUCACCCACCAGCUACAAUGUAGUCUAUGAUACCACAGGUCUCAAGCCAGAUCAUAUGCAGAGGUUGACCUACAAGCUCACUCAUCUCUACUUCAACUGGCCUGGAACUGUACGCGUUCCAGCACCAUGCAUGUACGCACACAAGCUCGCAUUCCUGAUUGGUCAGAGUGUGCAUGACACGCCCAGCGCCGACCUCGCUGACACCCUCUUCUACCUCUAGAUAGCGAGUAAGAGAAAUGAGAUGGAACGGUUUCCAAGAUCAAGACUUGAUAUAGUCCUGUAGUGUUCUGCUAGUCAAAACACAGACCUUGCAGUGUUUGUUACAGUCUGUGGUGGUACUACACCUGUUAAGAGUUACAGUACUUCUUUUAUUUUUCUAUUUUUGGGCCAAAGAAAGGGCAAGGAUUGGCCUUGAUUUGACAUGCAUGACAAGGAUGAACAUCAAGGUUUUGUCUUUUUUAAGAGAGAAUUCUCCAAGUGAAGAUUCUCACUUGUACAGCAGAAGUUAGAAAUUUGAAUAAAGUUACAGAGGACAUUGUUUUAUUGUUGAUACACGUGGACCGUUGAAAUGUUUUAUAUAAAGCUCGAUUUGUUUUUGAUAACUUUCAUAACUUGUUAUCUUUUGUAGUGAUGGUACAGUUAUAUUUUAUGUUCGCUACUGAAAAGCACAAUGCAUAUUUUGUUAAAUACAGGUCAAGUAAUAAAUCUUAAUGUCCUAAUAGCAGCCUUUUUUUUAUUUUUUUGUUACAUAUGCUCAUAUAUUGAUAUCUUUUGCAAUGUUUUAUUGAAUUGUGUUGGGGAAGUCUAAGGAUUGACACUUUCUUUUCCUUUCAUGACAACUGGGCUUACUGCUGCAUAUAGAAAACUUGGUUAAAUUAUGGAAGAAUAUGUGUCUGUCAAGUAAGAUGUACAUAUGUUUGCGUUAGAAUUACGUUAGAAUUGUGUUCACCAAUGUGUUAUUUCAUUAGAGUGUCCAUUUAACUCCUCGAUGCACAAAGGUAUUGCACACAUUCACUGCAUGUAUGCUAUUCAAUCUUCACAAAUAAUACUAGUCAGCAUGUCAUUGAUACCAAACAAAAUGAUGUCACACUCUUCAAUGAUAGCACUUUUUUUUUCUAAGAACAUUUAUAGCAGUAUGCAAUUAAUCCAUCUCACAAUUACUGAUAGAGCAAGUGGAUUGAUGAGUAGUGUUUCUUGAUUUUGGCGGCUCUUAAAAUGUUUUAAAAUAGAAGAAAAUGUGCAAUAUUUCUUCUUCACCUUAAACACAUACUUGCACAUACUAAUGACACUCGGCCUUUGGCGUUAAGAGUACUGUAGCAAUUGCAUUGUACAAAUAUGACUAUCAAAUAUUGCUUAAUUCAGUGUUACGUCUAUGGGACAUUCAUACUUAGCCAUUGUCAACUGGAGUCCCCUUUUCAAAGCCUAUGGGAAUUAUAGAAUACAGUAGUCAACAGGAUGAUUGGUCCCUGAUGUUUUAAUAGUGAAGAUUUUUUUGUUUGUGCGGGUGGCUUUGGUGUUUUUAUCUAUCGCCAUUAGUAAGAUUUUAAACAUUACUCUAAAAUGAUUAAGCACUACUCUAAAUUGAUUAUCUUAGGCUUGCAAAACAAAGCUUGAUCUCUCUACUGAUUUCCAGGAUUGAUAAUAAUGAAAAGGGUUUUUUUAUUGCGCACAUAUCCAGCUUGUUAGGUGCUCAAGUCACUCUUAUAUUGCCCCUGCUAAGAUAGGCUACUGAUAUUGGAUGUCAGAACUUAUGAAGAAAUUACUUCCUGCUGGUACCCCUUUACCUCACCUGCAUUGAUUGCAGCCCAUUGUGGAUCAAUUUUUUGCUGAAGGAAAUUAAGUCUUGGCUGGGAUUCGAACCCAUAACCCUCAGUUUCAAAGGCUAGAUAGAGUCAGAAUCACCACAUUUGCAUUGUUACGUGCAAUCAAUGUUAGGAAAUUCCCUUAAUUACUCAGUUUGCAAGCCAUUUUCUUUCAACUGUAGCAACUGGAAUUUUUAUAAUUCAUUGCAGGAAAUCUACAAUUACAAGAUUAACAAAGUAAAUCAUUUUUUUUAUUUAUAUACCUCUGAGCAAGCUCAAAUACACACACACACUCUGCGUAUAAAGUUUGAAUUAGUUGAACAACAAACAAUAUCUGUACCAUCCUAUAACAUCUAUAUAUUCAUUCUGUGUUAGAUGACGUUUUAGUUUAUCCAGAAGAAUUUAUAAAUGAAUAACGACACAAUUGUCGCUUGUUGCCUGGAAAUGUCAUUUCUCUUAGUCCCGUUAUUAGUUGGGUUUUUUUUUUUUGUCUUUUUUUUUUUCAAAAGAAAAAAAUUGAUUAUUUUGCCAAAUAAAGUUAAGCAGCUGUCAUACUUGAAGAUGCAAGUUUUUAUUGAUUUAGAUAGAUUGCACUUUAAUCGUAGGAACACAGUAAAAGGCUGAUUACACAAAGGUCAUUUCAAGUGAUUCUUGUAAUAUAUGUUUCCUGUUCUGUAGGUGCUUUGCAGAUGAUAUGUGUUACAUUUUCGGGCAUUUUGAAACUGGUAAUAGAUAAGUGAUCACUGUAUUCAUUCUCUUUUUCAUUCCAAAGUGAUGUAUGCUAGAAGAUAUGAUUUCUUGGGUAAAAAGAAAGAAAGCAAAACCUUGAUUAAGCUGUAUUAUAUUGUUAUAACUAGUUAGUGACCUAUGUAGUACACUUUGCCAUUAAUUUGUAAUACCUGUCUCUUGCUCUACAGCGGCUGUACGGCAAGUCCAAAACAGCCGUUUUUUGUAAUAGCUACACAUAGGUGGUUUGCAUAAAAAUGAAUAAAAUAGCUGUUUACGACUCGCUGUACGGUCACCAUAGAGCAAAUGUGACAGAGUGGGAAUGUAUAAGAAGCAGAUAAAUGAGGCUAAUGGUCAGAGAAUAUGUGAACAGUGUUAAGUCAAAAGUUGGGGUUCGUUUGAAGUUGUGAUCCUUGAAAAUACAGUUUUCAACUUAUAGAGCAUAUUGUGGCAACUCCACUCCCAUCAUAAUCUAUAGGAAAUCUAUUGGAAAUGUCAAAUCUAUAACGAUGAUUGUAAUAAAUGUAGUAAGCAUUUAUCUAUUCAGAAGUGCUCCAUGAGUAUUAACCUUGCUUGUGCUAUCACUCUAGAAAGCAUAUGUCCAGCAGCAUUGAAUCAUUAAUAUGCUGGCUUUUAAUCAAACUGCUGAUAUCGGUGCUUUGUGCAUUCAAGUAAUCAAAUCAAAGUGAGAUUACCAUUUCACAAAGACUUACAGAUUUACUUCAAUUCCAAGUUGCAUUCUAUACAAAACAUGUUACUGCAUUGGGAAUACUUACAGGUAGGUAGCCAGCAAUGAGAUUUAGAUCUGUCAUGACUUGUACAUUUACACGUAUGAUGCAUUACUUUAAUCCACUCUAGUUUUGUGAAAGCGCAGCCUGAUAUAUUAAACCAACGGGGGCGAGCUAGUGUACCUUCUUUUUUUCACUUAUGGGAAAUAUAGAGGGUGCCCCCUCCCCCCCCCCCCCUUUGCCCUCUCCUGUAAUACUGUCUUUGAUUUAGGGAUGCUAAUUUUCGGGCUAAAUAUAUGAUGUUGUUAACAUAUUUUGGCAGAUUUUUUUCAUGAUUCACUGACUUGUUCUCAUUUUUCUGCUUAUACUUAGGAAGAAAACAAGUAUUGCCAUGUUUCCAUCUUUAGAUACCUGAAACAAUUUGGCUUAUGUUGUACUCUAGGUUGUAGUUUAGACAUCAAAAGUAUUUUGUGUUUCAUACUACCGUCUUCCUUACUUGUAAAUAUUUGCACAUAGCAUGUUUAAGUUUUAUAUAGCUUGUAUGUUCUACUGUUUGCAUUAUUCUCAUGUUCAUCUCCCAUUAAUUUGUUUCUUACAGUGCUAUGCUGCGAGUACUAACAUAAAUCAUCAUGUGUUUGUAUAUAACCAUAUAAUCAUAUGCAUCAUGAGGUUUAUGCCUUGCAUUAGGAAUAGAAGACUGCAUUAUUACUAUUUUUUCUUUCAUGUUCGAGAUGUUAAUAUCUUUAAGAUGACAGUUUGUGUGAUGGCGUAACUAUUUUAAGUAGCGUCUAUGCAGCAUGAAUAGAUAGCAACAAAGCAAGUAGUUAGUGUUAACAAAGAUGGUAUUCCUUUUGUGAUGAGAUUGCAUCGUUUCUGACUACACAAUUUUUAUUUUUUCAUUUUUUUGUUGAUCAGAUGAUAAAUAAGUGUUUCUACAAUCAGUAUUAUGUUAAUCACUUAGUUUUUUUGCUACUGUGAUUUUAUUUUUCUCUUUUUAAGUUUUGGUAAGCUUUGUAUGUAAAUAGAUAAAUUAAAAAAAAAACAAGGGUGCCUUGCGACACAGCAUUUUCUGCCAAAAACCAAGAUGGUACAAUGUUUUAAAAUGUUUGGUUUCUGUGACUGUUCCAAUUGAAGAAAAAACAAAACAGACACUGAUAUGCCAUGUUUCCUCUGCUGAUUCAGUGAUUCAAGCUUGUAAUAUAAAUAACUGACUCAAAACGGUUUCAUGUAAAAGAAAUAUGAUUCCAUUGAACAGAUCACAAAAUGUUCAUCUUCUCAUUUAUUUUGAGGAAAGGUAUUUUAAUAAACACCAAAAGGAA